AUGACCGCACAGGUGCUGACAGCGGAGCUUGGCAAUCUGAUCCAAGAGAGCAAGCGAAAGCACAACGACUUGAGACAGGCCUCGGAAAGGUCUCUUGAAGAGCUCAAGAACCUCGGCGACAGCUCCGAGGCGAACAUAGGCGCAGAACUCGCCCAGCAUGCCAACUUCGUGAACCCCUUCAUUAUCGCGUGCGGCACGCGCACCGUCAAGUUCACCAGCAUCGCGAUUGUGUGUCUCCAGCGUCUCAUCGCCGCCAAAGGCGUACCACGAUCACGGCUCGACCAAGUCCUACAGGCACUGCGGGAAGCGUCUUCGGGCGGCCUUGACGUGCAGCUGCGCAUCCUGCAGUCCCUGCCCUCGCUCCUCCAAAACUACGCUGGCGACAUCGCCGGCGAACUCCUCAUCACAUCUCUCAACAUCUGCUUCGUUCUCCACGCCAGCAAAAACGUCGUCGUUAACAACACCGCAUCAGCCACGCUCCAGCAGCUGCUCAUUGCCGUUUUCGACAAGGUCGCCGCCGAGGACAAGGCCCGUCUCCAGACGUCGCCCGUCGGCGAAGCGCCUGUCCAGAAUGGCACAGUGGCACUCCACCAGGCCGCACUCGAUGCCUACUAUGUCUUCAACGACAUAUGCAUCUUGACCGAGGCCGGGCGCCCAGAACACCUGCGCUUUUCGAGCUUGUCGACAACGUUUGGCCUCGAACUGAUCGAGUCCGUCCUCACCAACCACCCGGCUAUUUUCACGUCCCACCCAGAGCAGACGCACGUGCUCCGGGUGCGCCUGAUGCCCUUCCUGACACGAGGGAUUGUCAGCAAGCCCAACUUCCCGACGGCGGUCCGUUUGGUACGCGUUCUAUUUACACUCCUGCGGCGACACAUGGCGCUGCUGGCCGACGAGAGUGGUGACGCCCUGGCUGCCCUCUGCCACGUGUUGGACCACGACGCCCUCCCCUGGAAGCGCGUGCUGUGCCUUGAGGCCUUCAAGGGCCUAAUUUCUGAUCCGGCCCUGGUCAGGCAGCUCUACAUUUUGUACGAUGCGAAGGAGGGUGCAAAGGACAUUCUACAGGAAUUGCUUGCCACGUUCGUUCGCGUGUCUACCGAAAAGCCGAGCGUGAUUGGCCUCGGCCAUCAGUCGACCAUUCCCGUGGCCGGCUAUUCGAACAACGGGGCUGGAUCAGCGGAACAGGCCGUUAUAGAAGCGAGCGGCAUGUCUGGCAUUGUCACGUCCAACUCCAUGACCGAGUCGGCAAGCACCGGCAUCAGCUCCCAGUGGAGUGUCAUCCGCACACCCUGCAUCGACCAGCUGGACAAAGCGGAGCCGCUCACCAUUCCAGAGUCGUACAUCUUCAGCCUCAUCCUCGCCUGCAUCACGUCGCUGUCUGACGGCCUAGCCAAGUUUAUCUUGCCACUGACGGUACCCCGGGAAAACCGCAGCCAGAAGCGAGCACUUAAGCAAGAUGGCCGCGCCAACUCACCCGCUCCUACCGAACCGACUGGCACUGCUUCGGCGCCUGGCCUUGAACGGUCGGCCUCGGUCCGCAAGAACCCAGGGCCUAAGAACCCCCUCCUCCUCAAAGACCAUCCCUUGUAUACCGAGGUCAAGGCGUACGCCGACAUGAUCGACCGCUGCUGGCCGGCCAUUCUGGCCACCUGCUCCACCUUCCUGUACUCGGCCCUCGACUCCGAGUACUACCACAGCCUCGUCCGCGCCUUCCAGCGUUUCACGCACGUCGCCGGCCUGCUCCAACUCAACACGCCGCGCGAUGCCUUUUUGACGACGCUGGGCAAGGCCGCCGUGCCGCCCAAUGUUCUGAGCGCCUGCCACAACGCCGGCGCCCGGCCCAUGACACCCACGUCGGCUGGCGCCGACACACCCAACACGCUCUUUGGCAAUGCCCGCGGUCUGCUGAGUGUCGACAGUCUGGUAAGCCAGUCCUCGACGGCCGAGAAGCCACGGCAAUCCUCGGCGGACUUGUCGACGGCCAGCAUCAACACGCGCAAUCUGCUCUGUCUGCGUGCCCUGUUGAAUCUAGGCAUUGCCCUCGGCCCGACCCUCGAGUCGUCUUGGCAGAUUGUCCUCGAAACCUUGCAGCAGGCCGACUUUGUCCUGUUUACGUCCGGCAAGGCGGCCGGUCGUACACUGGCCGUUGUCCGCGCAGCAGACCCGCAGGCCGAGGCCGAGGCCAAUAUGCUUCUGUCCAACUUUGGCAGCGAGAUUAAGGCGGUCGAGACCGCCGCCUCCCGCCUCUUUGAGAGCACCAUUGACUUUCCCAACACGGCGUUUGUUGAGUUUGUCGUCGCCAUCUGCAGUUUGCUUGAGAAGCGGCCAGAGUCACCAACGGCCGUAGCCUCUGAAUCUGCGGAUGAUGACCAGGCUGCCCAGGCCGCCCCAUCGCCGCAGUCGACACCGCGUAAGAACAGUGGACAUGUUGCAUCGCCGUCCCUCAAUACGCCCACCGUUAAGCACAAGCGCGUCAUGAGUGUCACGACGGCGCCCGCAUCCAGCCAUUCCCAAGAGGACCAGUUCGUCCUGGCCAAGCUCGGGGACAUUGCUUCCAUCAACCUCGAGCGGCUGUUGUUCAAUCCCCCCGACGUAUCUGGCUGGAUCCCGCUCACAGGCGAGCUGUCGGCGACGCUUGGCUCGGCUUCGACAACGGCCACUGUGCGCAUGCGUGCUGCGGAGACGUUGGUUCGCAUUGUCCUGGAGGCGGCCAACGCCAUCGCCGCGGAAACGGAAAUCACCCGCAGCCGGAUGCAGCUGCGCCUGCUCGAGGCACUGCGCGACGCGCUGCUACCACUGCAACGUCCGGACCGCACCGGCACCAUCACCACGGCGGUUACCGACAUUGACAUCCACAAGGUCAUCCUGGAUGGCCUCAAGGGCUUGCUCGAAGACAGCGGUGAGGCCCUAAUCAGCGGGUGGAACGUCGUCUUUGAAGUCAUCGACAGUCUGUUUAUGGAAGUUCGGCCGUCGGUGUCGGUUGCGUCGUCCGACGGCGACCUAAUAGAAGGCACCCUGACCACCCGCUCCGUCCGCCUCAUCAAGCCGUCCUUUGCCUCGCUGCAGCUCAUCUGCUCCGAUUUCCUGUCGGCCUUGCCCAACACCUGUUACCUGAACCUCGUCAGCACCCUCUACAAGUUCUGCUCCCAGGGCGAUGACCUCAACGUGGCCCUCACCACCGUGACUUUCUAUUGGGCCAUCUCGGACUUUUUACACGGCCGCAGCAGCUCCAUGUCGAUUGCAGCGGCCAUGGAGGGCGGCUCCAGCGAUGACGCACUCGUCAAGCUCGCCAACGACACGAACCACCCGGGCUCAGGCGCGGCCCUUUGGAUGCUUUUGUUGCUGCGCCUGACGGCUGUUACCACCGACCAGCGGUUGGAACUGAGAAACAGCGCCGUUCAAACUCUCCUCCGCAUCAUACAUGCGUAUGGCAACAACCUUACUGCCGAGGCAUGGGCUGUGUGUAUCCGUUCGGUCAUUUUCCGACUCCUCUCAGCCACCGAGGGACGCCUGCGAUCCGCGUCGGAAAAGACCACACACAAGUCCACACCGGUAGAGUGGUACGAGACGGCAGUCGUGAUUGUCAACGGCGUGUCGGAGCUGCUGGCCAACUAUCUGGACGUGCUCGCCUCUCACGCCGUCUUCUCGUCGCUCUGGGAAGAUCUGCUCCAGCACUUUGCCGCCAUGCUCGACUUCAGGGCGCUCGAUGUCAACACGGCUGUCUUCGACAGCCUCGCCGGCAUCCUCGCCAAGAGCGACGGGCGGACACGCUGGUCAUUUGAUAAGAAGGCUGUUGACCUGGCCUGGCAACUCUGGUCACGCGGUAUCCCAGCGCCACCGGACGUGCUGUCUGCCGACAAGGAUAAGAAGGACAAGGAGCGCGACCGCGCCAGCACAAGGGCUGAAGACAAUCAAAAGUGCCUCGUGUCGUGGGUGAAUGCCUUCCUUGAGAUUGAGCGCCUCAUGCGCGCUGAGAUGGACCUCGCAAAGACAGAGCAGGCCAUGGCCCUCCUCCACGACGCCGUCCGCAUUGCUAGCCCGGGUGGCUAUGCCAACGACAUCGAAUACAUGACAGCCCUGCAGGCCCAGGUGCUCGAAGUCUUCAAGGUCGUACGGACCGACAUUCCGGGCGCCGCGGCGGCCGUGAUCAUGCAACUGGCCAAGUUUGUGUCCAUGGCCUUUGAUGUGGCCGACAUCACGCCGCCGCGCAAACGCACAUUUGUGGCCAUGUCCAAGGACAGCAUGGCGAUCCUGGACCAUCUCGUCACACAACACGCAGACGGCCAGGAAAUCUACGCCAGCGGCGCCUUUGCCGCAGCCCUCGCGGCCCUUGCCAAACCCAUUACGCUCAAGUACCAGUUCCCCAUCACCACCAAGAGCCUGCAGCCAUGGAAGGCCGCCGUCAACGCCGCCCUUGCCAUCUUGGAGACGGCGCUCCCGCACCUCAAGGAGAAGUCGGUGCCGCGUGCAGCCUUCCAGGAGGCCUGGGACACCAUUGCGGUGAUCGCGAACGGCAUCAUCGGUGCUGACUUGCAGCACGAGCAAGCGCCACGAGACGAACGUGUCAUUGCCGACGAUCAGCAGUUUGACAUUGAUGCUUUCCACCGCCUCCGCGAGCUUAUCAUUCCGUCGCUAGGCUCGGGUGCGGUGGCCGAAACGGCACGCAAAGCUUAUGUCGAGGGUCUCUUCCACGUCUCCAUUGUUCACCCUCCGGCGCCGGCCGAGGCAGCGUUGAUCUACCCAAGCGACGGCGAGCACAGCCACAGCUACAGCCGAAAGCAAAGCAACGGUGACUCGGGUACUGCCAGCGAUCUCAGCAGUCUCUACAAGCCCGGCCGGGGCCGCACCAUUGAUCCACCGCCCACCAAGCGUGCCAACAUGAGCUUUGCCUGUCUCGACGAGCUGUUCUCGCUGGUGGCGGUGCACGAUGACUCGCACAACAAGCCGUCGAUUGUCGUGCUUCCACCAACGCCACGUCUGCCACCACCAAUGACUGUCGGCCCGCCGCCUGGGUCUGGCGCGGCAGACGACAGCGAGCACGCCCUGCACAUCCGCCUCGCCCAAACAGCCGCCCCGUUCCUUAUCCUGCGAUGUGCCCUGACCAUCCGGUCGUACGUGUCAGACCAGCCCCUACGGGGCCACAUGCCACAGCCACUGUCGCAGCGGCGCGAGCUGAGCCGGAUCCUGCGGUGCCUUGUGGACCUCAAGUCGGAGCCUGGAGCCAUUCCGGAUCUCGAUGGCAUCGACAGCGAGGCACGUAAGCACCUGUUGCGGCUGUACCCCUUGCUCGUCAAGGCGUCACAGGUGGCGGGCACGGCCGGUGACGACAAGACGCUGGCACUGGUUGGCGAGGCCCUUGACGCGGUCGGGACGGAGUUGGGUGUGUGA